AUGUCAGAAGUUCAACACUUUGGAAGUUGUCAUUGUGGGGCGGUGAAGUGGACGUUUACAGGACCUGAAGUUCUGGAUGGGUGUCGUUGCAAUUGCACGGUUUGUAACAAAAAGCAAAACCAGCAUUGCAUUAUCAAAUUGGACAGAUUUAAACUUUUGGAGGGUGAGGACAAAAUCACCACAUACCGUUUCAACACUGGUGUUGCUCAACAUAAAUUCUGCUCCAUUUGUGGAGUUCAAAGUUUCUAUCAUCCUCGAUCGAACCCUGAUGCCGUUGCUAUCAUGCCGCACUGUAUCGAUGGAAACACUCUCAAAGAUGUCAAUUGGACCUACUUUGAUGGGCAGGAAUGGGAAAAGGCUAUGGAGAAAAAGUCACCAGCUGCUCAGUAA